GCCAUAUUUUUUUUGUUUUUCCUGCCCAUCACUUCCAUAAAGUCCUUCACAUGUCACGCCAUGUCUAAAUAAAAACACUAGUUAAAGAAGACAGAGCUCGAAAGCCUCCCUGACCGUCGCCGAUGGAGAAACUGGAGCUCGUAUUCAUUCCGGCACCAGGCGUCGGUCACGUCAUCUCGGCCCUCGAGUUCGCGUCCUGCUUGCUCGGCCACGAUCCUCGAGUCUCCAUCACGGUCCUUGCCAUGAAAGCGCCCUUCACCCCCCACUUGGACGCUUACACCAAGUUGCUUGUCGCCUCGCAGCCACGCAUCGCCCUUGUCGAUCUCCCUCCCGUCGACCCACCGCCGCCCGAGCUCCUACGCUCGGUCGAGCACUACGUCUCGGUCUUCAUCGAGAGCUACAUCCCGCACGUCCAGACAGCGGUCGGGGAGAUCCGACGUUCCCGGUCCGUGGCCGGGUUCGUCCUGGACUUCUUCUGCACGUCCAUGAUCGCCGUGGCUGACGAGUUCUCGCUCCCUUCUUACAUCUACCUUACCACCAACGCGCACUUCCUGGACCUCAUGUUCCACUUGCCGGCUCAGCACGACAAGGUGGGGAGAGCGGUCCAACCGUCCGAUCCAGACCUGCCUCUUCCCAGUUUCACCAACCCAGUUCCGGUCUCUGUCUUGCCGUCAGCAGUGUUCGAUGCGGAAGCCGGCGGCUAUGCGGCCUACGUCAAGCUGGCUCGCAGGUUCAGGGACGUCCGGGGAAUCAUGGUUAACACGUUCAUGGAACUGGAACACUUUGCCAUCAGCUCGUUUUCCGGAGGAAGCUCGGACGGACCGGCCGUGUACACAGUCGGACCAGUUAUCGAUCCGAAGGGUGUGCCAGAUCCUUCUCUGGACCGGGCUCAAUGGCAGAAGAUCCGGGAGUGGCUCGAUGAGCAGCCACCGUCCUCGGUGGUGUUCCUGUGCUUCGGGAGCUUGGGGAGGUUCGACGCGGACCAAGUGGAGGAGAUCGCCGCCGGAAUCGAGCGGAGCGGGCAUAAGUUUUUGUGGUCGUUGCGUCCAGAAAGUUCACAGUCGCAGCUUCCUGGUGGAUUCCUGGACCGAAUGCGAGGAAGUGGGGUCGUAUGCGGGUGGACCCCGCAGGUGGAGGUGCUGGCGCACGCGGCCAUAGGUGGGUUCGUGUCUCACUGUGGUUGGAACUCCAUUUUGGAGAGCUUGUGGCAUGGAGUGCCGAUUGUGACGUGGCCCAUAUAUGCGGAGCAGCAGCUUAACGCCUUCACAAUGGUGAAGGAACUGGGAUUAGCCGCAGAGCUGCGGCUGGACUACCGGGGGCACGGAGUUGGCGGCCAUCUGGUGCCAGCGGAGGAGAUAGAGAGGGCCAUCGGAUGCUUGAUGGGCGGUGCCGGCGCAGCGAUCAGGAAGAAGGUGAAGGAAAUGAGAGAGGCGGCAAGGAACGCCGUGAAGGAAGGUGGGUCUUCAUAUGACUCUAUUGGAAAGUUGAUUCAGGACUUCAUCAAGAACAUUGAAUGAAAAAGCACAACAAAGAGCUAGCAUUUGUCUUCCAUUGUAACCAUCACGUGCAUGUCACUUUGAUCUUGCUCUGUCCUUUGUUUCUUGCCAGCAAUGCGUCCUACUUCUUUUGUUCAACGAACAUGGUUACUGAUUUGUCCGAAGUUUAUGAAAUCACCAUUCAAGU